GAACGGCUUAAGGAAGCGGAGGAGGUCUACAAGGCUGGCAUAGAGAAUUGUCCAGAGAGCUCCGAUCUGCAUAACAACUACGGUGUUUUCUUGGUUGAUACCGGGGCUCCUGAGCGAGCUGUGUCCCACUACAGGCAGGGCAUCCACCUGAGCCUCACUCACCACGUGGCUAUGGUGAACCUGGGCAGGCUUCACCGCUCCCUGGGGCAGAACAAAGAGGCCGAAGCAUGGUACAAGCGGGCACUGAAGGUAUCCCGGAAGGCUGAAAUCCUGUCCCCGCUGGGGGCUCUGUAUUACAACACGGGGCGGUAUGAAGAAGCAUUGCAGGUUUACAGAGAAGCUGCAUCACUGCAGCCUUCAAACAAAGAGAUCCGACUGGCGCUGGCUCAGGUUUUAGCAAUGAUGGGGCAGACGAAGGAAGCUGAAAAGAUGACGAAUCAUAUACUCAACGAGGAUGCAGAGUGUCUGGAGUGCUACCGCCUUCUGUCAGCCAUCUACAGCAAGCAGGAGCACUAUGCCAAGGCACUUGAAGCUAUAGAAAAAGCUCUUCAGCUAAAACCAAAGGAUCCAAAAGUCAUAUCAGAUCUCUUUUUCACUAAAGGAAACCAGCUAAGAGAACAGAAUCUCCUCGACAAGGCUUUCGAGAGCUAUAAACGGGCAGUGGAGCUCAACCCAGACCAAGCGCAGGCCUGGAUGAAUAUGGGAGGCAUUGAGCACAUCAAGGGGAGCUACGUCACUGCCCGUGGCUACUAUGAGAAAGCCUUACAGCUGGUUCCAAGCAGCAAGUUGCUGAAGGAGAAUCUGGCCAAACUGGAUCGCUUGGAGAAACGGUUUCAGGAAGUUCAGGAGAAAGACCAAACAUAGCAUUCAGUCACCAGUGGAAAGAAACUUAUGCCCCUUGGAGAAGAGUAUGGUGGAAGCCAUAUUGCUUGAAGUGAUGCUGAAGGAACUUUCACAGGACUUAGAAUUAUGGAAGGCAAAUUUUGAAUGCAUGCUUGUGUUUGACCAAAGUUACAGGAGACACUUGGCUCCUGUGGGACAUGCUGGAGAAUGAAUGAAAACCUUCCUUUAAUCAAGAUUCGUGUUUAGGCUGAACCCAUUUUAAUCACACCGGGAGUGUGGAUGGGACAUGUACCUUCAAUAUCGUGGUUAUCACUGGGGAAACCAUGGAAACAAAGCACUCAUCCAUUGCAGCAGGAGUGAAGUAGCACCUCCUGUUAUUCAACACAGGCUCACCUCGUUCACGUGAAGUACCGCUGAUGGGCUUCAUUGCAAGUGCUGCCAUGUCCUUCUGAGCCAGGAAAGAUGGUCAUAAUGGUCACAUAAAAAGAUUUCAAGGGGUUAAUGCUGAGGAAGUAGUGGCCACUUUUACAGCUCUAAAUGUGACUUGAAAAUUGUUCUAAAGAAAGGGAAAACAGUGUCUGAAUAUCACCCUAGAAGGAUGAUUCUACAAGUAGGACAAAUGAUCCUUUGAGGGAGAACCUCAGCUGAAUGUUUUACUCAUAAGAUGAUAGUAAUUUAAUAAUAAUUCAGGUUCAUGGUGUCAGUAUUGUCAAAUAUCAUACGGCUUUACCCUUUGCCCUCUCCCUCCCAGCCAAAUAAUUAUUACUCUGAAAAAAUUGGAAGCAUCCAAAGGCAAUGGGAAGCUCUAGGAUUACUUGUCCUCCUGUCCCGUCCCCA